GAAAGACGAGAGCGAGCGGAGCGAAGACAAUUGCGAAGGCGGAAGCCAGCGCUGCCGGUUUCGUGACCUCCCACUCAUUCGCCUCCAGCGCCCACUGAUUCCGCGUCCUCGAGAGCCAGAGAGAGAGAGAGAGAGCAGACGAGCAUCUCAGAGCUAUGGCGUCGAUGGCGAUGGUCACCGGGACGAUGGCAGCGCUCUCGCUGUCGUCGUCUUCGAAGCUCGUGGCGUCCUCGUGCUCGAGCGAGUUCGCUUCCGUCAAGUCUUUCUCCACCGCCUCCACUGCCUUCGGCCCCUUUCUCUCGGCCUCGCGCACCGUUCGCUUGAACGAGCCCUUGAGAAUAGAAGCCAGGGAACCGACCAGGAGGGAGACAAUCAAGGUCCGCCACCGCCGUCUGCGCAGGAAGCUCAAUGGCACCACAGAGAGGCCUCGCCUCGCCGUAUUCCGCUCCAACAAGCACCUUUACGCGCAGGUGAUUGACGACACGAAGCAACACACUCUUGCCUCAUCGUCGACUCUCACGAAGCCAAUGCGUGAGGAGCUGGGCAUUACCUCCGGUCCAACGAUUGAUGCUGCUAAGAGAGUUGGCGAGGAGAUUGCCAAGGUCUGCCUAGAGAAAGGAAUCACACAGGUGGCCUUCGACAGAGGCGGUUUCGUGUACACUGGACGCAUCCAAGCUCUCGCAGAAGCAGCAAGAGAAGGUGGUUUAGUGUUCUAGGUCUGGCAAUGUCAUCAUAUCAAAUUUUUCUCUGUAUCAAACGAGAUUUAGGUCAAUAUCAGCUGUCUUUUUCAAAAUUUAUCAAUUUAAAAAGUUUCCAAAUUAAUCUCUUCGGUCGAGUGGCAUCUGCUCACUUCUUUGCUGUCACUUUCAUGUCUGCGCUCUUUCUCCUAACGUUUAAUCAAACCCAUUACCAAGAACUCAAAUCAGGAACCUUGUUCAUAU